AUGUCGGCUUCACGCAAGGCUUCCUGGGAGUACUCUAAAAACAAGAACACCAUCCGCGCCCGUGCUCGCAAUUCCCGCCUCUCCGAAUAUCAACGCACCGUCGAACAGGCCAAGGCAGCCGACUCCAAGGCCGUCACGCGCGCCUGGAAGGCCCGAACGGAUACCGAGACCUUCAAGAUGGCCAACGAGAACAAACGCAACUUCAUACUGGGCGAUGUCGAAAAGGACGUCAUGGAUCGUCGCCGUCGCCAGAAGAUCGAUGCAAAUUCCAAGAUUGCACGUUUCAUGGAGCGUUACGCCGUUCCUCCGCCUCAGCAGGGCCAGCAACGUGCCCCUAUUGCCAUCAUGGCUCCCCCGGGCUUCAGUUCGUUCGCCCAGCCGUCUUCGGAGAGCCCUCGAUCGACCCCUGGACCAGCACUGCCCUAUGUACUGCCCAGCAUCGAGGGUGCAGCGUCUGAGCCCCCGUACGGGCAUAUCUCGUACCAGCAGCCCCUCCCAUCGAUUCCCGAGCUUCAGCGAGAUCAGGCCGCAUCCGGGAUGCCCUUUGUCAACCUCAAGAACGAGCUCAACGUCACUCGGGGCCAGGUUGAGGAUCUGAAGCGUCAAGUCGACGCCCUGAACAACGACCUCACAGUGACCAAGUCGAGCGUCAUUGCCCAGGAGGCACGAAUGGAGAGACUGGACCGCCGAUUGAACCGAUUCGAGGAGCAGAGAGCGGCUCGUCGUCAGGUUACGGGUAUGCAGGCUCUGGCUGAUGCCGCCGGCAAGGUUGCCGAGGAUCUCAGUGGUGGAAUAAGCGCCUAG